ACGGCUAACAGGCAGCUGUGUGAGAGCGGCGCUUUCAGUAUCGCGUAGUAAGAUGGCAGAGCUACUGAGUCAAGUGGCCGAUGUAGAUAUUGAUCCCGACGGGGUGUUUAAGUACAUUCUGUUGAGAGUAACAGUCAAGGGCGGCUCACAAUCCAAAAAUAUAGUGAGAGGUACAAAGACUGCCGAGUUUCACAAUCACAUUUUUGAAAAAGUAAAUCCUGAGCUAGAAAAAUUAGGAUUGGAAUGUAAUUGUCUUGGAGGUGGCAAGAUCGAGCAUAACAGCCAAGAAAAAAAAAUCAAGGUGUUUGGUCUGUCAACUGGAUAUGGCAAAGCUGAUCAUUCAGUCACUGUUGAAAGGCUGAAGACUGUGUACAACGAUUAUGACAUCACCUGGUCUGAUGAUAAGAAGUAAAGUGCAAUGGCCACUGUAUGUUUCUCAUUUACAGAAUAACUAUAAUAAAUAUUUCAGAAACAAUAAAAGUGAGCUGAAUCUCUGAAUAAGGUUUA